AUGGAGAACUAUCGACUAGAUAUAUUGGGACUAAGUGAAGUAAGGUGGCCAGAAUCUGGGGAAUUCCAAACACAAAAUGGUGGAGUGUUGCUGUAUGCGGGUCAAACAGGCGAGGACACAAUGCACAGGAAUGGUGUAGGGUUCUUACUAUCUAAAAGCAGCAAGAAGAGCUUACUGGAGUGGAAACCAGUCUCAGAACGGAUAAUAACCGCACGCUUUAAAACAAAUGUGCGAUAUGUCACUGUAACUCAAUGCUAUGCACCUACUGAAAUACCUAAAGGAGAAUUAAAAGAUGCAUUUUAUACAGAGCUUAAUGGAGUCCUUAGACAAACAAAUUCUAGGGACAUAAAAAUUUUAAUGGGUGACUUGAACGCAAAAGUUGGUCCAGAAAAUGAAGGGCUUGAACAUAUCAUGGGCGUGCAUGGAUUGGGGAUCAGGAAUGUAAAUGGUGAAAUGUUGAUAGAUACAUGCGCUGAACAUGACCUAGUCAUUGGAGGCACGCUGUUUCCACAUCGUAACUGCCAUAGGAUAACGUGGGUUUCUCCAGACCACGUUACUGAAAAUCAAAUAGACCAAAUAGUCAUAAGCCGCAAGUUCCGAAACUCUCUGUUAGAUGUCAGAAAUAGAAGAGGGGCAGACGUUGGAAGUGACCAUCACCUAGUUUUGGCAGAAUUCAGACUGCAGAUAGUGGCAAAUAGAACCAAGCUCAAUCACAGGUGCAAGAAAAUAGAUGUGGCAAGAUUAAAAGACCAACAGAUCAAAGAAACAUAUGCCCUUGAACUACAAAACAGAUUCCAGGUCCUCUCUGGAGAAAACUUUAUGGAAGAGGGAAUUGAAACAUGCUGGCAAAAAAUCAAAGACAGAUAUUUAGAUGUGGGAGAAAAAAUCUUAGGAUUUAAGGCACAUCAAAGGAAGGAAUGA